AUUUUCAGGAGAUUUUAAAGGCUCAGUCUGCUUUCACUCUGAGUGAUGACCCGCUACAUGAACACACACUGAAAUGAAAUAAUCCAUAAUUAAUUGAAGCAACAGACUGAACAAAAACGUAGCUUCAUACCUGCUGCAUGAAACCAAAUUUCCGGGAGCUUUGAAAAUCGUCCUCUGCCUCGCCACUAGAUGGAGAUCAGUUUAUUUUGAGAUAAAUUUGUAAAGUGAACCCAACAGAAGAUUUUUUUUCUUUAGCAGCUAUAGAGUGGCAGGGAAUUUUCUGACUUCACAUUACAUUUUUAAUUUAGUUGCAUUAUUACAGAAAGUUUGUGUAUUCCAAUAUUUCAACUCGAGUAUUUCCAGUUGUCUUUAUCUUUUUUGUUCGUCCAAAAGAAAACCGACACCGGUGUCAGUGCAAUCUAGUGCUCUUUGCAGACCUUGUGUACAGUUGAGCUGUGGUUUCAGUGUAAUUUUCUCCUUGAAAUUAUGGCAUAGGAGUGCUCUUCUUUGUGCCCAUAAAAAGGCGAGCAUGACCACCUCAUUACCUCAGCAAUAAAAGAAUACAGCCUCCAGUGCAGUGUAAGCAUUGUCAGUGUGCAGAGUCCAACGGCUCGACUGGCUCGUUUUUGUGAGAGAUGACUGUCAAAGUCUCUCGCUCCAAGUUCAGACCAGAAACUGGUGCUCAGAGACCAUGACCUCGGGUAAGACGCUCAAACUCAUCCUGUAUGAGGUGCUGCAGUUUGCAGCCCUGAUCGUGCCGAUCUUUGUUAUCAUGGAGAGGUUUGCCGGCCUCAUAAGUGAUGUGAAAGGACGUAGUCUAACCGCCUACUGGCUCGUGGUGGCAGUCUCCAUUGCCUAUGUGACCUCCGUGACCCUGCUGGUGUGGGUUCCUCUGAAAUACCUGAUCCUGAAGCGGCAAAGACUCAUCUCAGAGAUCACACAAUGGAGACCAACAGCGCUGGCGUACAUCAUCCUGUGUACAUUACCGUGUUUUGCUAUUUUAAUAGCCAGCUCCAAGGUGCAGGUGGACAAAGGACACAGGUUGGACCAUUUCACAGAGUUGCCUGUUUCCUUGGUGCUUUCCUCCCUCAUCUGUGUGGAUAUCAUAGAGAGGGUUCGUCCCUGCAACCUCCUUGGACGGUCAGACAAUGUGGAUCUCGACCUUGACAUGUCAGGCCCCGUCCUCACUCAGGUGAAACACGUGACCACCGUAAGCAGCCAGCUGCGCACUGAUGAUGGUCAGAAUGGGUUGACCCAGGGCCACCCGGAGGUCGGGAAUGGGAGCACCUCAGACAGAUGGCAGGACCUUGCAGGCUCACCUGGUCGCUCAACCAGCACUGCCUACCUGUACUCGCUAUCCUCACGCCCCCGAUCCUACUCGGGUCACGUGGGCUUCCUGUGGAGGAGGGAUGGAAGAGCAGAGGUGUUCGUGGAUAGCUUCAUGUUCUGGCUAGACACUGUGGAGUUGGUGAGAGUGGCAGGAGAGCCGUCGGUCUUCUACUCAGUCUGGGUGUUCCCCGUCUACAUCCUUGCCUUCAUGUCUACACUCCGUGUAGCCAUCGCUCCUAACAACCCUUUAUUGUCCUCUGCUGGAUUUGCUCUGCAGGACCUUCCUUUCUUUAUCAUUCGAGUGGCUCUGAUUGUUGUGUUUGGUUUAGUAACUCCUGUGUUGUACCCGUUGAAAAACGUGCUGGUGAGCGUGACCUUCAUCUACUUCACAUUCCUGAGCAGGCUGAGGAUUUUCAAAAGGCAGAGCAUGUUUUGAGGAGGAGUAGCACAUUCUGUUGUGAAUGAAGGAUUCAUCUUUGCUUCGGGAUGGCUGAACAGUUGGUAUGUUUAUGCGAAGGGAGCAGCACCAGAGAAACAUG